CCCAUGCUCUAGAGCUUGUUAUGUAAAUUUAAGUACAGAUAAUUAUUCAUUGUGUGUACAAAAGUAAUAGGCGUGAUUAUUGAUCGCCAACUUAAUAAGAUUUGAAUAAUACUUUGCGAAAGCGCUUUUAUCAAACUGCUUGUAUGUGCUGACUGGUUUGGACGAAAAUGGAUAGUAGUGCAGCAGAAUUCGUUAAGAUGGAAACACCAAUGUCAACUGACAGUGAAAAAUUGUUCCCAAAUAGAGUACACUCAGAGUUUGGAUAUUAUUUUAAUGAUGGGAAAAGAAAAAUUGAUUAUGUAUUGGUCUGGGAUGAACCAGUCCAUGAAAAUAUAAUCAAUAAAGUGAAAAAAGUCAAUAUUAUUUAUCGAAAGACAUUUGAAGAGAAUUUACAAGCAAUCGGAGUAGAAAUUGAGAAAGAGGAUGUCAAAACUGAAAGCUUGAUAACUCAUUAUUUGAAGCUGCAUAUUCCCUGGGACCUGAUGUGUCAUCAUGCUGAGUGCUUAAACCUACGAGCUCCCCUUGAAGUUCAAGACACUAAAAUGAAGAUUUGGUCAGAGAUUUUUUUGAAAACAAUCGGGAUUCCAUCCAUAAUGUCGCAAGAAGUUCCGAACCCUCCUCCUACUUAUUAUACUUGUCCAUUUAAGAAAAGCAAGUUAGACAGAUUUCUUGGACAUGACGAUCCAGAUUCAUAUUUCACUUCUACACAAAGACAUCAAGUAGCAUAUGAUAUUUUAGCUACCCAGGCAUAUGGAAGUCGUGAAAAAGCACAAGUUGGAAUUGAUCGUCUUAUACAAGAAGAAGUUUAUAGUGCUGCAUAUGCGAUUCAUGAGGGUCCAUAUGAAGUAGAUGAAGAGGAUUUGAAACAUCCAGAAAGGUUGAAUCCACGUCAAGUUUUAUAUUGGUAUUGGGCAAGAUGGGGUUGCUGGUACCGAUAUCAACCUGUGGACCAUAUCAGAGUUUACUUUGGAGAAAAGAUCGGUUUCUAUUUCGCCUGGCUUGGUUUGUAUACUGCAUGGUUGUUACCAGCUGCAUUGGUCGGAAUCUUUGUUUUCAUAUAUGGACUUGUAACAAUAAAUGACUAUGUUCCAGUGAAAGAAGCUUGUGAAAGUGAUACAAUUAUGUGUCCUACUUGUGAUAUUGGCAGCGGAUGUCGAUACUGGAAUUUACGAGAGUUAUGUUUGUACUUGAAAAUGUCUUACUUAUUCGAUCAUCCAGGUUCUGUUUUCUAUGCUAUUUUUAUGGUAAUUUGGGGUGUUGCAUUUUUAGAGUGCUGGAAACGUAAAAAUGCUAAGUUAGCGCAUCGAUGGGAUGUGUUAGAUUACGAAAUAGAAGAGGAACGGCCGCGCCCACAGUACUCGGCUCACUGUACAGAAUAUGCGAAAAACCCCAUAACGGAUGUUCUGGAACCGUAUUUUCCUCCUCGCGCUCGUGUUGCUCGAACCUUUGCUGGGUUGAUAUGUGUCAUGGUGAUGGUUGUUUUGGUAUUGGUGUUCAUAGUAGCUGUAAUAAUUUAUCGGUUUUUAAUAAAAAUUCCUUUAUUUCAAAAUAAAUUACUUCGUUCCAAUGCAGAAAUCUACGCAACACUUUCAGCAGCUAUUGUCAAUCUUAUUCUAAUUAUGUGUUUAGGCAAAGUAUAUGAAACGUUAGCUUACAAAAUGACUCAAUGGGAAAUGCAUCGAACACAAAGUGAAUUUGAUAACCAGCUGAUUUUUAAAGUUUUUCUAUUUCAAUUUGUGAAUUUCUACUCGUCUAUAUUUUAUGUAGCAUUUUUCAAGGGACACAUGGUUGGCUAUCCCGGUCAUUACGCAUCAUUUUUUGGUUUACGUAAUGAAGCGUGUGAUAAUGGAGGUUGUUUAGUUGAAUUGGCUCAACAACUACUAGUUAUUAUGGUUGGGAAACAAAUCAUCAGUAAUUGUCAAGAAAUUCUACUCCCUAAACUGCGUGCUUGGUUCCAUAAAUACCGAAAGGGAUUAAAUAAGAGAAACGUCGCUUCAACUAGUGAUCUGAGCUCAGCUCAUAUAUUUAUCGAAGACUACAAACUAAUACCAUAUGAAGGAUUAUUUGAUGAAUAUCUUGAAAUGGUUCUUCAAUUCGGAUUCAUUACCAUCUUUGUGGCUGCGUUUCCACUAGCCCCGUUCUUUGCACUACUUAACAAUUGGAUUGAAAUUCGUUUAGAUGCCAAAAAACUGGUAUGUGAAACACGUAGACCGUUGGCUGAAAGAGCACAAAAUAUCGGUGUUUGGUUUAGAAUAUUAGAUUUUCUUGUUCGGUUGGCCGUGAUUUCAAAUGCCUUCAUUAUUGCAUUCAGGUCAAGUUUUCUCCCUGAACUCAUGUAUAAACAUGAAGUAAGAGGUGAUUUGGUAGGAUUUACAAAUUUCACUCUAGCAUGGGCUCCUCCAAAUACUACAACACAACCAUGCAGAUAUAAAGCUUUUCGAGAUGAUAAUGGUGAAUUUUCAAUGUUUUAUUGGAGACUUUUGGCCCUUCGUCUGGCAUUCGUAAUUGUUUUCGAGCAUGUAGCAUUCGGUUUGGCAAAUGUUCUAGACUUUUUCAUCCCAGAUGUGCCAAGCAGCUUGAAAGAACGCAUUCAACGAGAACGUUUUCUGGCCAAACAAGCACUUCUGGAUAUUAGUUUGGAAUCAAGACAAACGGAAACGCAAAAACAUAUUAGUGAAUGAUGAAUUAAUGAAUAAACACAUGACUCAUUUGCCUUCCCACGCAAGAAUCCACAUCAAAUAUUUUCAAUUUUUGUCGUCAGAAUGUCUUGGUUUAGUCAUCUUUCUUACCUUUGAAAAGUCUGCACAAAAGUAUAAUUUCGUCUAAAACAAAUUCCAUCAAAUACUUAUUUUCUGGUGAAGAUGCAAAGAGAAACUUUAUAGAUUGUAAAUUUGUGUAUAUUGCAUACUUUUGAGUUUAAAGCAAUAUUCAUCUACUAUUUGUAAAUUUAAUUACACUACAGUUUUUUCUCUGAUGAUAACAUGUUAAUCAACUACUUUACCGCUGAUGGGAAAGCUACCAAUCAUUGGAAUAAUAUAACUCUUUAUUACUUCUUUGUAAAUUAGAUUAUUUCAGUUAUCAUGCAAUACUGUUUAGCAAAGUGGAUUAUCAACGCUAGAAUAAUGUUCAGAAGUAAGCAGCACUCCAUAAAUAAACAAAUGAUUAUUUAAGCCCCAUCAAUGUCUGGUGCAUUCAGCAAACAACUGUACUAUAAAGUUUCAGUACAAAACAUACUAUCAUUAAGCUUCCAUGACAUAGCGUCGAAAAGACGUUAAUUUUCUGAAAACAGGAUGUUUCAAUUCACUAAUGGAAUCUGUCAGUAAUAAAUUCAAGAGAGAAACAACACAGGCGGUUACAAUUUUUCGAAUGCCUUAAUUAAACAGUGUAAUUGGAAUUUUAAACACCUGAUACAUACUUUUUCG